CUGCAAUAGCUUUCCUUCAGAAUUCUCAAAUAUCGUCAAACAAAUGGAAGUGCGAAGAGCACACAAGCUUGUUGAGAAAUCUCAGGUUGCUUCAGCAUCAUCAGCAACAACCUCGUCGCUUCCCCUCUCUUUCCUUGACUUGCCCUUAGCCGGUCCUAUUUACGUCAAACGCCAAUUUUUCUAUCAUUUUUCCCAUUCCACACAACAUUUCUGUGAAACCACACUCCCCACUCUCAAACACUCUCUCUCUCUUACCCUUCAACAUUUUUUCCCUCUCGCUGGAAAUCUCCUCUGUCCACCACCACCCCACAAACCCUUCAUUCGCUGCACCGAUCAUGACUCUGUCACCUUCACCAUCAUUGAGUCCCAAGCUGAUUUCCAACUUCUCUCAUCCAACCACCCCAAAAGUCUCAAAGACUUGGAUCACUUGGUUCCUACGUUGACAUUCACAAACGUGCAUGAUGAUGACACGUUCACUUUCCCUUUAGUGGCAUUGCAAGUCACAGUUUUCCCCAACCAUGGCCUUUGCAUCGCCAUCACAUAUUGUCAUGUGAUGGAUGGUAAGUGUUGCAGUCAUUUCAUGAAGUGUUGGUCUUCCAUUUGUCGAAGCGGUGGCGUUGACUUGACACUUGUGGAGAAGUCUCCACCGUGCUUUGCUAGGGGAGUGUUGAAGGACCCCAAUGGACUCGAGGCCAUUUUCUUAAGAGACUAUUUUGAAGAGAGGUCAACUUGGAAGGAAAAACUCAUUGGUCAAACUUAUAAAAGUUCCGGUGGUGAUGCUGAUGAGGACUUUGUUAAGGCAACGAUUGUUUUUAGAAGAGAUCGGAUUAAUUAG